AUCACCAACAGUUGAUUUCACUCAACCGUUACUUUCUUGAGACUAUUCCAAUAUUAAAUCUCAGAAUGGAGUCAGAUGGUGCUGCUCCUGGCUUGGCCGAUGGCCAACUUCCACCACAUCGGUUCGUCCCAAACACAGGGUAUGUCAACACCACACCAAAUAACCCCGCAGUUGAUAAUGCAGACAACACAAAUGCACCAGUGGGCGAGGAGAUAGAAGAGGAGGACGAUGAAUAUUAUGACGAUAUCUUUGAAGAUGAGUUGGAAGAAGAUGUUGCAGAAGAAGACUUCAGCUCUGCAAACCCAAAUGACUUUACGAAAUCAUACAACCGCCAACGUCGACUUAACGAGGUCAUGGCAGAUGCCAAUGCGCCAAAAUCAUCGUACCCAAAGACCAAUCCUCAGAAGCCGAAGGCAAACAUACACGCAUCAGUGGAUGACCAAAUAACGUCACUGUCAAAACACGCCGCUAAGAUCAGACUUGACGACCAACAGUCGGGAUUCAGAGGGAAGGAUGGAAGAACAGUAGACAAGAGUGACCGUGCUACCUCAGAGCAGGUGUUGGAUCCACGUACGCGAAUGAUCCUUCUGCAGAUGAUCAAUAGAAGUCUGGUUUCGGAGAUCAAUGGCUGUCUUUCUACUGGAAAAGAAGCAAAUGUGUACCAUGCUGUUACAGUACGAGACGAGCAAGGGGCCGCUGGCAUCGAGACCCUCCAACGAGCAAUCAAAGUCUACAAGACUAGUAUAUUAGUGUUCAAGGACCGCGACAAAUACGUUACUGGCGAGUUUCGAUUCCGAAAAGGUUACGACAAGAGCAACAACCGGGCUAUGGUCAAAGUUUGGGCCGAGAAGGAAAUGCGAAACCUGCGAAGGAUUCAUUCUGCAGGUAUUCCUAGUCCUGAACCUCUCUACCUUCGACUUCACGUCCUCGUCAUGGGAUUUCUUGGCAACUCACGGGGAAUACCCGCUCCGCGUUUGAAAGAUGUUGAGUUUGAUAUCCCAGAUCCUGAGACGCGAUGGCAGGAAUUAUACAUGGAGCUAGUCGGCUAUAUGCGUACUAUGUAUCAAACAUGCCGACUUGUCCACGCUGACUUGAGCGAGUAUAACAUCCUGUACCACAAGAACAAACUCUACAUCAUCGACGUGAGUCAAAGUGUUGAGCAUGACCACCCACGCAGCUUAGAGUUCCUACGGAUGGAUAUCAAGAACGUCAGCGACUUUUUUAGACGCAAGGGCGUAAACACCCUUCCUGAACGCGUGGUUUUUGAGUUCAUUAUCAGCAGCCAAGGACCUGAGAUGGUCGAAGGCAAUAAUGAGCCCAUGAUUGCUGCAAUUCGAAAGCUGUUUGAAAUACGAGACGAGAAUGGCGGAGACGCCGAAGGUACUACCGAUGACGUGGAUACUGCAGUUUUUCGUCAACAGUAUAUUCCACAAACGCUUGAACAGGUCUAUGACGUGGAGAGAGACGCUGAGAAAGUGCAGUACGGCGAAAGCUCCGACCUCGUGUACCGUGAUCUUUUGGCCGACAAAGCGAAAGCCAUCGCAUCAUCGAACCGGGAGGUGUCCAAGACACAGCUUGAGGAAGAGUAUGAGUCCGAACAGAGUGGCGGGGUGUCCAUCAGCGAUGGCUCCGAUGGAAGCGUCGACGGAGAGGGAUCUGAUGCUGAAGAUCCGUUCGCCAAAAAGCCUCCUCGCGGCAAGAAACACGAGGACAAGGAAGCAAAGCGCCAACACAAGCAAAAAGUAAAGGAAGAGAAGAGGGAACAGAGAGCGAAAAAGAUGCCGAAACACGUGAAGAAAAAGAUUAUCAACGCUACCAAACGCAAAUAG